AUGACAGCUUCCGAUCCAAUCCCUUCAUCAUCGCCAGGGUUUGGAACUCCAGCACGUCCUUUUCGCAUGACGAAGUCCAAUCCACUUGCCACGAAGACGUCAAUACUACCUAUCUUACUCCCCCCUUCUACUCUUCGUCCUGUAGCGUUUCGCACAUUUACUCGGAAACAUAACUUGACAAUUUCAUCAUCGGCACUCCAAACGCUAGCUGUCUUUGUGGGAAAGAACUGCGGUUCAGGAUGGCGCGAAGAAGGUCUUGCAGAACGAGUUUUGGAUGAAGUUGCCAAAAGCUGGAAGAAGGCCGGAGGCGGCGUUAUUGUUGAAGAAGGGAAGGGGGCAUCGUUGAAAGCCAUUUUACAGACCCUAGAAGGCAGUAUGAGUGGUGGCAGAGUUGUGGCUGGGAGGAUUAUUACUGACGAGAGUCCUAUGGCGAUCACGAACAGGCGUUCUGAAUUGAACAGCGGCAGAUUACAGUCACUUUCCUCUUCAACAACCUUGGAAGAGAAAGAUUACGAUGACCAGGACUUCUCAUUGCACCCAAGAAACUGGAUCAAAGUGGUCGAAGCAUUUGAUCUUCCACGGCUGACAUAUAACGCCGACAAGAAGUAUUUUGAGACCAUAAAAUCAAAGCCUGCUUUGUUCCCGCCUCCUUCCCACAAAACGGCUCUUUUUCGAGAUCGAUAUAAUCUUGUCUACCAACGCUUGCUACGCAAUGACUCUUUCCAAACAUCUCUUGGCUCAUCAGGCGGCCAUUCGUUACAGCGAUCUUCAUCCUCCUUUGCGACAAAUCAGUGUUAUAAACUGACACCGAUUGCGAAUCUUCUCGGAAGGAGUGGAACCUCACAUCUACUUUUAGGCUUACUCUCCGUCUCCCCUGCAGGUGAUUUGUCUCUUACAGAUUUGACGGGCAGCGUUGCGCUAGACUUGAAUCAUGCGCGAGCGAUACCAGACGAUGGUGUUUGGUUUGCGCCAGGGAUGAUUGUCCUUGUUGAUGGUAUCUAUGAAGAAGAAGAAAGCGUUAGAGGAUCAACUCUUGGUGGAAAUACUGGAGUUGGAGGCGCCAUAGGCGGUAGAUUUGUUGGGGUCUCCAUAUGUGGCCCACCUUGCGAGCGAAGGGAGAUUUCGCUUGGUGUAAACAAUCACCAAAACAACGGAGAUAUCAGUUCCAGUGGUGGGCUUGGCUGGGUCGAUUUCCUAGGAGUUGGGAGUGAACGUGCACGAGGUUCGCGCAUGAGGAACAUCCAAACCAAGUGUCUACGAGAGGAAAAUGGCAAUGCAGGGACUUCUACUCGACUUAAAGUUGCAGUCAUGGGUGAGGUCAAUCUUGACAACAUGAAGAUGCUGGAUGCACUUAGAAAGGUUCUCGGGUUUUACAACGACUUGCCCUUGGCAGAACGCCCGAUUGUCUUCAUCUUAAUUGGGAAUUUCGUUCAAAAAGCUUCAAUCAACGGUGGAGGUCAGGCGGGCAGCAUUGAGUAUAAGGAAUAUUUUGACUCUCUUGCUGUGGUCUUGUCGGAAUUCCCAUCUCUGUUGCAACGCUCAACAUUUAUCUUCGUUCCAGGUGACAAUGACCCAUGGUCGUCAGCAUUUUCCGCUGGCGCUGCUUCCGUGAUUCCGCGCCAGGCUAUCCCUGAGCUAUUCACAUCUAGAGUGAAACGUGCAUUUGCCAUGGCGAAUUCCGAACUAGACCGAUCCCAUUCAACUGAGCCCAUUGGUGAGGCUAUUUGGACAUCUAAUCCAUCUCGUCUUACUCUGUUCGGGCCUGUGCAUGACAUUGCCAUUUUUCGAGAUGAUGUUUCGGGGAGACUGAGGCGCAGCGCAGUCACUACCAGGUCCACCUUUAAUGAGUCUGAUGAUGCAAUGGUCGAAGAUGUUAAUGGUCUUGCCAGCGACAUGAGCUCGGCUAUACCAGAAGAUCAGGGAGGAAUUGCCCCCGGGGAGAUAGGUGCCAAACCCGGCGGCUCUGGAAUGUCAGCAACACUGAUGGCUCGAAAACUGGUUAAAACGAUAUUGGAUCAGGGAACUAUAUCACCUUUUCCACUCUCAUUGCGGCCUGUUUUGUGGGACUAUGCAUCUUCCUUGCAGCUAUACCCAUUGCCAACUGGACUUAUCUUGGCAGAUGCUGAAGCUGCGCCAUUCUGCAUGACCUACGAAGGAUGCCAUGUGAUGAACCCUGGGAAACUGGUUCCAGAUGGUGAUGUGACUUUGGUACGAUGGCUAGAAUACGAUGCGUCCAAGAACAGAGGGAAAGUGAAAGAAGAGCGCUUCUAG